AUGCAAGUACAGUACAAGUCCCAGUGGGAAGUUACCAGUGGUUUUCAAGUCGGCUUUUUUGCAAUGUUUUUCUUUGCCUUUAUUUACUUGACUAUACUAAAGAUUCGUCAGCAUGCCAAAUUGAGACUGAUAAUUGCUUUCUUCAUACUCGCGUUUAUAUUCAAUGUGUUAAAGAUUGUUGGUGGUAUAACGGGAUUGGUCUUGCUUAAGUCAACUAAUUUCAACGAGACUUUGUUCAUUGUGACCUACAUUUUUGACUCGAUUAGUUUGGGGUUGGUGUUGAGAGCAAUCAGUUCAUUGGUGCAACAUAUGUUCAAACAAAACAGACAACAAUCAGCAUCAAGAAACAAAUUUGCAUUUCCAUCGCAAUAUGGAAAUUCCGAUCAUGAUUCAAACAACACCGAGUUGAAAACAGGUGAUGUUGAAACUGGAUAUGACAAUCAAUACAAUGAGGCAGUUGAUAAUAGUCUGGUUGAAAGCGAGGACGAACUCACUUCCAAAAACCCACUUAAUCCAUUCCGUUUAGUAACACUCUUGAUACUUGCCGCAGUGGUGUCUAGUGCCGUGGGCUACAGUUUGCUCAGUAAUGACACAAGCAUGUCAACUGCACAGAAUUUGGUUCGUGCGGCAGUAGUAUUAUUUUCGAUUGGCACUUUGGCAUUGAUAGCCAGUUUGGUAUAUAUUUGGUCACACGGCGCAGAGUCACUCGUUGUUGCGCCACUACUUAUUGCCGCAUUGGUGGUAUUGAUUGUGAGAUGCUCAUAUUCCUUAUUAACUGCUUUCCAUGGAAUUCAUUUCAAUGAACCAAGCAAGUAUAUGUUGAUAUUUGGAGAUUACAAGUACUAUACCUUCUUGGGGUUAUUGACUGAAGGGAUUGCUAAUGUGCUAAUGUUAGCUGCAUUCUCCCAAUGGUAA